AUGAUUCUUCAUUCGUUUUCAAUCACAUUUCUUAUUGCAUUCAUUUAUUGUAAUCAAUAUUUAGUACAAGCAACUGUGUUUUCAUGCAAUACUACUGUUUCAUGUGGUUGCUCACGAUUUAAUGCGAAUAUUAAUGCAAGAAUAGUUGGAGGUGAACCAGCUGCUAAUCAUAGUUGGGGAUGGGCUGUUUCAGUGCGUGAUUUUUUUGGAAGAAAUAUAUGUGGUGGAACUAUUCUCUCGCGUUAUUACGUGCUUACAGCAGCGCAUUGUGUUGCAGAUAUGAUACUUUCACCUGCUCUUUCAUCAAUUGUUGUCGGUACAGACUCAUUAAAUAGUUCUGAAGGAAAAAUAAUUAUAUCGUCGAAGAUUUUCAUUCAUCCUAAUUAUAAUUCAAAAACAAAAGAAAAUGAUAUUGCUAUUCUAUAUCUUAGUAUUCCAAUUGAUUUUCAUGAUGUUAAUGUUGCUAAAAUUUGUCUACCACUUGUAUCGAAAUCUGAACAAUUUAGAUAUCCAAUUAUUAAAAAACCAGUUAUAGCCAUAGGUUGGGGACUUACUUCUUAUGAUGGUGAUACAUCUAAUUUUCUUAGACAAGUGACAGUUAAAACUGUUCAAAAUAAUGAAAAAAUAUGUAAGAAUUUAAUAAGAAAUGUCAAUCUUCAAUUUUGUGCAGGAGUUAUGGGUGGCGGAAAAGAUACAUGUCAAGGAGAUUCUGGUGGCCCAUUGAUGUAUUAUUCAGAGUCUGAACAGAUAUGGAUACUUGCAGGUAUAACUUCAUAUGGUUUCAAAUGUGCAUUACCAAACUAUGCUGGCGUUUAUACACGAGUCAGCGUAUAUAUCGAUUGGAUUCAAUCGAUUGUAGGUGAUGAUGCAACAAUUUUUCAAUGCAAAUCAACUGAUUUAUGUGGUUGUUCACGUAAUAAUGUUGAUAUUAAUUUUGGUAUUAUUGGUGGUGAGACAGUAGCUUAUCGUAGUUGGGGUUGGGCUGUUUCAGUUCGAAAUUCCAAUGAUAUGCAUAUAUGUGGUGGAACUAUCUUAUCGAAAAAUUUUAUUCUUACAGCAGCUCAUUGUUUUAGAAAAAUAUCCGAAGAAUAUUUACCUUAUUCCGUCGCUAUGGGCAUUGAUUCAUUAUUGAGUUCGAAUGGACAAAUAAGAAUAGUAUCACAAAUUUUUAUUCAUCCAAAAUGGAAUCUAACAAGUAAUGAAAAUGAUAUUGCAAUACUUAAAUUAAAUGCAUCAAUUUCAAUGGAUGACAUUAACAUCGCAAAAAUAUGUUUACCAAAUGUAAUUAAAUCUCAACGAAUAAGAUAUCCAAUAUUAUAUUCAACAUUGAUAACAAUUGGUUGGGGUGUUCCAACAUGGGAAGAUUUUUUAUUUCCUAUGAAUCUUAGACAAGUUACAUUAGAAGCAAUCGAUAGUACUGAUUCAAAAUGUAAUAAUAUCAUAAAAAAUAUUCAUUUACAAUUUUGUGCUGCUGUUAAAGGCGGAGGAAAAAAUACAUGUCAAGGAGAUUCUGGUGGUCCUAUAAUGUACUUUUCUACUCAUAAACAACGUUGGAUAUUGACAGGUAUUAUAUCAUACGGUUAUCGAUGCGCUUUACGUGAUUAUACUGGUGUUUAUACUCGAAUAAGUAUGUAUAUCGAUUGGAUAAAAUUAAUUGUUGGUUAUGAUGGUAUUGUGAUUGUUGAAGAAAGUAAUGCUAUUAUUAAUAAUAGAUCAAACAUUCGUCUUCUCAUUUUAUUGUUAUAUUUUUUAUAUUUGUCCAAUGUAAAUACGAUCAGUUUAUAA